GUAUAUAACAGCUCACUAAGAGAAGGGCAAAAAAAAAGAGGUGACAAAACAUCAGAGUCAGAAUCUGACUUGAGCAAAUCUUGGUCUCCUACAAGACUCCCUGAUUCAUCUGACCUCUCACCAUAUAAAGAACGACGACCAAGGUCCAGCUCACUCACACAGACCUACAAACUGUCGUCAAGUGACACUUCCUUCAGCACCAGUUUUCUCUCCAAGGGAAAGUACUCUGAUAACUCCACUUUUAACAGUUCACAGAAAGCAGCAAAACGUAAGACAGAAUGUUCCAGCAGCAUGGUGAGUGUACUGCCGGACACACAAGAACUGUGCCGGAGAUUGGAGGAGAAAAUAGAUGGCCUCACACGCAUGGGAGGUAAUUUGGUGAAGGAGAAUCAAGAAAUGGCUGAGCUGAUCAGUGUCCAGGGAGAGAAACUAAGUGCGGUCAAACAGACUGGGAGGAAAGCUUGGGAGAAGUAA